GUAAGGUAGGCGAUUUUUUGGCGAUUAGGGUUUUGUGGUUGCUUGAUCGUAAAGGCUCCUCGCCGGCGGCGUCACGACUACUCGAGAGAGGAUGUCGAAGGUGAGGGUGGAUCCGCCGGAUCUACCAAACCUAAAGGAAGCGGGUUCAUGGGUCUCAGUGGUUCAAAACAAGCAGGUUCUAAAAAAGUACGAUGUCAACAUUUCAACUUCAGAUGGUCAAAAUUCGGUGGAGAUUCCAGAUGAGAUUCUCCAAAACUCUACGCCGCUCUGGGAAGAUUUUCUGGUGGGUAAGUUUCUGGAAACGGCCCCUCACGUUGCAAAGGUUCACGUUAUUGUCAACAAAAUUUGGAAAUUGGGUACAGAUCAGAAGAUUGAUGUUUAUGAGGUCAAUCCUACUACUCUAAGAUUUCGAGUUCGUAAUCCUUUGGUUCGAGCCCGGAUUCUGAGGAGGGGUAUGUGGAAUAUAGCUGAAGUCCCGAUGGUGGUGUCAAAAUGGUCCCCGACAACUGAGAAGGAACAGCCGGAGGAAAAAUCAAUUCCUUUAUGGGUUUAUUUGAAGAACGUCCCGAUGAAUAUGUUUUCAUGGGAAGGUUUGAGUUUUAUCACGAGUGCAGUGGGCCACCCUCUGCAUUUGCAUCCUGAAACGGCUGCUUGCUCAAGUUUCGAUGUCGCGAAGAUUUUCGUAAAUGUUGAUCUGUCUAAACCGUUGCCGAAAAGGAUUCGUUUUGGAAAAGAAGGUUUCGAGUUCUGGGUAGAUUUCCUCUAUCCAUGGCUGCCUCCAAGGUGUUCUAUAUGUGAGAAAUGGGGACAUUUAGACUCUCGAUGUGUGGUUGUGGAGAAGGAAGAGACAGUUUUGAUAAGUGAUACGAUGAUUGUUAGUCCGAAAGAGAAAACUGUAGAAGAUGCAGAGGAGUGGUCACAAGUUUCACCGUCGAAAGCAAGUAGAAGUCCAUUUGGCAAGGCGAAUCUACAAGAUAGAUCACAACCAAUCACCACAACAUCUCAAUUUGCAGUCCUUAGUGUAGAUGAAGAAGAGGGAGAGAUAGUAGAAAAAGAUGAUAAUGUUGAGGGAAAGACUGAAGCUGGUAAAGCAGUGGUCCAAACCAAAACAGGGGAUACAAAAGGAGAAGCAGAGACAAAGGUGGGUGGUAGAGCUCCUCUUUCUCGUAAUGCAAAGAAGAAGAUGAACGGCACUUCGGAGACUUCAGCUCAUGGAACCAAGGACACGAUCCUAGGUACAUCGAGUAAAAAGUCCUCCCGAAGAAACCUAUAAAUGAAGAGCUUCUCAUGGAAUGUGCGCGGAUUUAACAAACAUAUUAAACAUUC